GGGGGUCUCACCAACUGCUUCGAAAUAAAAUGCUGUUAAUAAAAUGACAAAGGCUGAUCACAAGUGUAACAGUCUGAUGACUGAGGGCAAGAAGCGCUUCCUGUGACGGGAGGUUCUGGUCCGACAGACACGUUAGUGAUGACGAUUUGGGCUGCGGAGUGGUUUCACAGUGUCGUACCUGAGUGUAGAGGCCAGUGGAAGUCAGGUGGCAGACAGUAGCCGCGGUCGUCAGGGACGCCGUUUUUUCUCGCCCGCCUCCGGCCCCGCCUCCUCCCCCGCAGGGGGCGCGCCACGGUGACCACCGUCCUCCAUCCAUCAGAUGAAAUCAGAUCAAAUGAGACGCUAUGUUUGCCUUUUGCAUCUGCCAUGUAUUCGCUCUCCUGGCGGUCCUGAGCGCGGGAUUUGAGGACGAGCGGACGCUCAGACGGGAAAAUGGCCCGCGGCUGCUCAGAGAUGCCGUUUUUGCGGAAUUUAAAGACGAGGGGAAGCAAAACCACACCGUGCUGCAGUUGGAUGAAGACACCGGGGAGAUUUACGCAGGAGGAGAAGACUUUUUAUUCAAACUGGACGUGGAGAAGUUUGCCGCUGUAACUGAGAAAUACAAUCUUUCCUGCUCAGAGGAGGAGCAGGGUUUAGCUGGAAAUACUGUCACUAUCAUUGAAAAAUUGCACGAUAGGUUGUUCGUCUGUGGAACGAAUGGCAUUAAACCUCGCUGCUGGACCAUUUUUCUGCCACAAAACAAUCAGUCUUACCAAGUUGUGGAGACUCAGGACGUGGCAGGAAUCUCCCCCUUCAAUUACACCCAGAACUGCCUCUCUCUAACAGUCGAGGGAGACGUGUACACGGCCGCGCCCCUCGACAAAGAUGGAAGCUUCUUACAGUUCAGGAGGAGAGCGGAGAGCAGGAGCGAUGUGUGGAUGGACGAGGACUGGCUCUCAGAUCCCACGUUUGUCUCGGCGUCCUGGGUGCAGUGGAAGGAGGAUCCUGACAACGACAAGAUUUACAUGUUUUUCCGUGAAAAGAACUCUGAUAACUACCCUGAAGCCGAGCCCUGGAUAUCCAGGGUGGCCCGAGUCUGUAAGGUAGAUGAAGGUGGCUCCAAGCAGUUCCUGCAGAACACAUGGACUUCGUUCCUCAAGGCUCGUCUGGUGUGUGGUUACCCCGAAGAGUCUCUUUACUUCAACCGCCUGCAGGACGUCCAUGUGAUGCGCGCCGACGAUUGGCACCUCACCCGGAUCUACGCCCUUUUCUCCAGCAGCUGGAACUCGUCCGCAGUCUGCAUCUACACCAUAAAAACCAUCGAAGGACUGUUUGAGAGCUCCUCCUUUAAAGGCUAUGACAAGGAGAUUCCACAACCCAGGCCAGGAACGUGUGUGAAAAACAGGCAGGACCUGUCCAUGUCGACCCUCAACAUGCUGAAGGACUACCCAGAGAUGAGCCAGUGGGUCUACCCUCUGCACUCCAGCGCCCCUUUCUACGUGAGCAACUACCACUACAGAAAGAUCGCAGUGGACACGGUUCAGGCCGCAGACCAGCACCUGUACAACGUCCUGCUCCUCGCCACAGAUUCGGGAAGGAUACACAAAGUUCUGGAGUCUGGAUCUGAACCCUUCAUCAUCUUGCAGACGGAGCCUCUGUCUAACUCCAGCGUUCACUCCAUGAAGCUCGAUUCCAAAAGGAAAAAACUUGUGGUGGGUUUCUCGGACAAAAUCGUGGUCCUGAACCUCCAGAACUGCCAGGACUACAACACGUCCUGUGAGGACUGUGUUCUGGCCCGGGACCCCUACUGUUCCUGGACUGCGUCUGGAUGCGCCCCGACCGAGCUGCGCGGAGUGAAUGGAAGUGUCAAAAGAGGAGCGGUCCAGGAUUUUCCCGGGGGCCAGCUGAGCGCAUGCUCCUCAACAGCAGGAAAUCGGACCAAGCGGGACACAGAUUUGUCCCAGACGGAACAGCAUGUGGUCCCCCUGGGGUCCCCCCUCUACAUGUCCUGUCCCAUCGACUCGUACCACGCCACGUACCGCUGGGAGCACGGCCCCGGCAGCGGCCCCUGUCUGCCGGUGAACUCCGAGUGCCUGCUUCUGAUCCCUGCCAUGGCUGAAGAGCACUACGGCCUCCACCGCUGCGUCUCCACUGAGAACAACCACACAAAGGUGGUGAAAACCUAUCACCUGAGGAAGCCCACUAAUCUUCUGCCUGCAAGCCACGACAGGAGGCACAGCAUCCGCUUCCAGCUGCACGGUGCAGCGGCAGCGGCAGAGGCGCCGCGUGUGCCGUGGACACUGCUCGGUCUGGUCCUGGCCCUCUGCAGUUUAAAACACUUUUGACUCAUGUAGUUUGUGAGGUCGGUGUGGAGCAAUGGUCUGGAGCUCUGACAGCUGCUGAGGGCGUGUCCUCUAAGCUAACCCCUGACUCCAUCGCUCAGGCAGAACAGUUAGACUAGAAGACUCUAUAGACUGGCUGAACCUUGUUCUAGCCUCAAACUUAAAUGUGAAAAGUGGAAACGUCCUUCUGAAACAGAGGUGUAUUUUGGUGAGAACCUCGCGAGCAUGCGCUCUAGACAUUCUUGCGCUGACGCCCUGCAGUGCCGCGUUGUUCAAGCUAGCUUUGUUAGCAUCAGGAAAACAACAAACUACGAACAGUGACGCCAGCAACAGGAAGUUGCAAAGAUGCAGCCGUGAAAAGGGCUGAUGACGACCAUAUUGAUCAUAUUUCUAGAUGAAGAUCAUUGUUUUGUGACUGUAUUUAGGUUACAGUCGAGUCCUCACCUUGUUCUCUCUUUGUCUUGCUUUCACUCCUUUUGUUCGCCUGUGUAAACACCCACACUCACAGUCCACAUUCCUGUCAGAGGCCAUUUUGGAGAAGUGUCUGUUGGGAAAUGUGAUUGUAGUGGGGUGACCAGUCCUCAUCAUCGCUCUUGUUGUUGAGUUAUUCUUCUUUAGCUGAUGUGAUCUCACAAAGACUCGACCUUGGCAGGAUUCCAAGGUGGUGUGAUUGGUUUUCUUGUCAGGAGGUUGGUAGAUCGUGGACGAAGGGGCGUGUUGGGUGGCCACUGCCUUGGUGGUUGCAGUAGGUGUGUGAAUGGUUUCGUCUCUGUGUGUGAUGGGCGGGUGACCUGACUCCUGCCCAAAGUAGCUGUGAUAGACUCCACCCCCCGCUACUCCAUUAACUGAGUUAUUAGCUGAAGAAGAUGUUGGACAGAGACUGUGAGUCUAAGUUAGAGGCUCAGUCCUCCAGAUAGAUUGUGCAGAAGAAACAGAUUUUCUCUGGAAACAGUCAGAAGAUUGGGGCAUGGGCCCAGAUGUUCUAUGGGAUCUGGAUCUAACAAUGGGCCACAUCCAGUGCAGGUCAGUCAGACGGAUGAGAAACGGAUGAGGGUCCAUCCAUAGCAAGAUCCUGUUCAUAUACAGCCCGGAUCCGGUUCAGAUCCAGGCGAAAUGUGACUCUAUAUUCCUUAGCGCCGCAGAUCUGCUUCAGAGGCGGAUCUGGCGACUUCUCCGGCUGCUAUCUGGGCAGCCUCCACCGUCAUGACUCACACAACUCCAGUUCCACUCUCAGAACCGUGGUGUCCAUCCACCAGCAUGUUGUGAAAACGCCAUGGUGAUUGUUGAGGUCAAAACACAAGGGCGUUACUCGCUCAGGACUGACGUGUCUCGACAUUACCUAGUAGUCUGGUGAAGAACCAGUGGUGAGGUGGUUGGGGUGUGUCCUCAUGACCAGGGAGGAGGUGGUCAGAUCGGUGAGGUCAGUGUGGAUAAAGACUUGCUGUAAAUGGGACUAGACUUCCAGGGUAUCACUGUUAUUUUAGAGGAGAUAAGAGGGACCUCUCCACAUGACCUUGCCAGAGCUUUGAUGCAGUAUUCUGGGCUCUUGCUGUAGUGGGUGGUGAUGAUAGUUGGUGUCAGAUCUAAACUCGGCUCCUCUCGCUCUGCACCUGGUUUCUGCCUGGGCACCGGUCGACCUCAAGGUUGUCCCACUUUGGCACAGAAAUCCACUGUACUUUUUAAAAAUCUACAUUCUAAGUAUCCAAACCUCUACCUAACUAUUUAUUUCCUAUCUUAGCAUUUUUUUAAACUUUUUUUAUUUGAUUUCCUUCUCCUGAAGGAUAAGUCUUGACUGACUUGCACAGUUGUUUGGCUCAGAUUUUUUUUUUAUGUUUUGAGCUGAAUGAAGCCAGUGUGAUCACAUUCAUAUGGAAGAAAUAGUUUUGUUUGGAUGAAUGAUGAUGAUUUUGCUGUAGAUUGAACUUAUUUGCACAUAAAUUUAAACAUUAACAAAGAAUAUUUCAAUUUAAAAUCAAUUAUCUGAUGUAUUUUUAACAUUGAAGUCCAGGUUGGAGGUGACAAACCCAACAUUCAUCACUGUCUGUAACAGCUGGAUCGUGUUCAUGUUGAAGAGUCAAAUGCACUUUACCUUUGUUCUCUGUUUCAAAUAAAGAAUGAUGUUACG